GAGUGUAUAACUUCUCUUGACGAGUAGAAUUUAGGAAGUAGUUAGGAAGUAGCUAGAGAAUUUAUUGAGAAGCGCACCUGUUUCUAUUGAAGUUGUCACACGGUUUUCCACACUUGAGUGCCAACUCUAGCACCUCCAGUGAGAAAAAGGUAGCCGCUGGGAAACAGCUUAUUCGCCAACUAUGGCCGCGUGAAUCAUUGAUUAACUGUUCAUUGCAUUGAAAUUCUGCGAAUAAGAGAUUGAGAGAGGGGGGAGACAUGGGAAAAAAGAGAGAGAGGGUUAGUUUGGCACUGAGGGAGAUAUGUGGAGGGUGGAGGGUGAUGUAGACAGACUGACUGACAGAUCUGACCGUGAUGGAUCCCCCAAGAGGGACACAUAAAAAGAGUUUGAAUAGUUGAGGUGAUGCAGACAGGAGAUUUUAGAGAGGGGGAGAGAGAUAGAGGCUAAUGGAGGAGUUAGAGGUUGCAAUAUUAAAGUAGCAGACUGAAAGAGGAGAAGUGUCACCACAUUAAAAAUACGAAGAUACAUGUGAAUCUGUAAAGAACUGGACAUGCACAUAAUAAAUAUAAUAGAAAUGACAGAAAUGUAGGAAAAAGUAGAUACCGUUGGACCGAAAGAAACAUUUAACGGACAGAACUGAGAAAACUUUGCCAUGACAGCGGCUGCAAGACAGUUAGAUGCACUAUGUCAUCUGACAGCCCAGUCGAUGACAUCACUUGAGACCUCAGAUCACUUCCAGGUCAUCAAGCUCCUGGGAGAGGGUUCAUAUGGCAAGGUCAUGCUGGCAGUUCACAGGAAGAGAGGCACACCCAUGGCCCUGAAGCUCUUUCCCCGUGGAUCUACCUCUCUCAUUUCAUUCCUGCGGGAGUACAACCUCUCUCUCUCUUUCUGCACCCACCCGUCACUCACGAGGGCCUUGGGCAUUGUGUUCUCCACCCCCUCUCACUACGUCUUUGCCCAGCAAGCCGCGCUGUAUGGAGACCUGUACGAUAUCAUUGUUCCAGAGGUUGGCGUGGAGGAGCCGUGCGUGCAGAGGGUGAUGUCACAGCUCAGCGGGGCGCUGUCUCACCUCCACUCUCUGGGCUUCGUGCACCGGGACGUGAAGCCCGAGAACGUGUUCCUGUGCGACCGCCUCUGCCACUGGGUUAAACUGGGCGAUUUUGGGAUGGUCAAGCCAAGGGGGGCCCAGGUCCCCGCGGUGUGGUACGAGUCCCCCUACUGCACCCCCGAAACAGAGGCGGCGAAGGGCAGGAAGGGAAAGAUAUGGCCAGAUAAAAACAGCACAGCAGGAGAGAGGAUCUGUAAGAUAGAGGUGCGCAGUGGCGGCCCUGCAGGUGUAAAGAGUGAAAAGGGAACAGGCAAGGGAGAUAAUAAGAAUGUCCUUUGGGUGUCAGUUGAGACCAGUAUAGACAGCUGGGCGCUAGGAAUCCUGGUCUACUCCAUGCUGACCGGGUCUUACCCUUGGAAAGAAACGUCCUCCGAUGACCCAGGAUACAGGAAAUACAGAGAGUGGUUUCUCAGGGAGAAAGAGCAAGCAGGACCCAAUCCCAUCGCCCCGCAGUUUGCUGUCUUCACCCCGUUAGCCCACUGUCUCUUCCAGGAGCUGCUCAACCCACAGCCCUGGCUUAGGGCCAGGCCUGAGCAGGUCCUGGGUUACCUCGGUGGGGAUUGGAUACUUAAGAAAGGAGGAGGAAUAGAGGGAGCACUGAGGGAGAAGCAAGGAAAAUGAGAGAGGAAAGGGGGGUAAAGAACAGAGAAUGAAAAGGUAAUGAUGAAGUGAAAGUGAUGAAGUGAGCGGUUAUAACUCGAGGGAAAAUGGAAUAUGGGACACUAAAUGAGGAUAUGGGAAGCAGAAGAUCAUCCAUAAAGCCAAAGUUUAAUGGUAUUUAGUAUAGGUGUGUACUGUGGAUCAAUGCUAUGGAUUUUUUUUAAUUUCAUGCUUUUAUCCUUUGUAUUUUCAAUAUAAUAAUAUUUUUA